CUCUUACAGCAGGCAUGAUGGCGGAAAUACUGUAGUAGACUUUUCGGGACGAGCAGGAAAAGUGUAUUACCCACCCUCGUUUAUCCCAUUGUAAAUAGUUAUUUAUUUAUUUAGAGAAAUCUUUUUUUGUUUCCCACCACCACAACGCCAUGACACGCUGGGUUCCCACCAAGAAAGAGAAGUACGGUGUGGCGAUCUACAAUUACGAUCCCCACGGUGAACUGGAACUAUGUUUACAAGUUGGGGAUACUGUGCACAUACUAGAGAAACUGGAAGGCUGGUAUCGGGGAUACACACUACGAGAGAAAUCACAUAAGGGAAUUUUUCCAUCUUCGUACAUCCACUUAAAGGAAGCUUCCGUUGAGGGGAUAGGCCAGCAGGAAAUAAUUAUUCCAGCAGAUUUACCACUGGUGCAGGAGCUCGGGGCUACUCUGAGGGAAUGGGCACAGAUAUGGCACAAGCUCUUUGUGGCAAACAAAGCCUCCCUGUUCAAGAGUGUUCAGCAGAUGGCCUAUAGUCUUAUAGAAUAUCGAUCACAGAUAGUGUCAGGAACACUACCGAAAGAUGACCUUGUAGAACUCAAAAAGAAAGUCACUGCCAAGAUUGACUAUGGAAACCGGAUUCUGGGCUUGGAUCUGGUGGUGCGAGAUGAAGCAGGAAACACACUGGAUCCAGACUUUACAAGCACUGUCAGUCUGUUCCGUGCUCAUGAGACUGCAUCCCGUAGCGUUGAUGACAGGAUACAAGAGGAGAAGACACGGUUACAAAAUCAGCACAUGAGGCGCCAGGCUCUGUUCAGUUCUGUUCAUACUUACAGUCUCCUCAUGAACCUGAAAAACUUUGUAUGCAACAUUGGAGAAGAUGCUGAGCUGUUAAUGUCUCUUUAUGACCCUGAUCAGUCAGAAUUUAUCAGUGAGAACUUCCUGGUGCGGUGGGGCAGUACGGGGAUGCCUAAAGAAAUUGAAAAACUCAACAACUUACCAGCACUCUUCACGGAGCUUAGCAGAAGUGACCUGAUGAGGCAGCGUCUCUACCUAGUGUGUCAGAUCAUCAGAGUUGGAAGCAUGGAACUCAAAGAGGGGAAGAAACAAACAGGUGGACUAAGGAGACCAUUUGGUGUGGCUGUGAUGGAUGUAACAGAUAUCGCUCAUGGCAAAACAGAUGAUGAGGACAAACAGCAUUUCAUCCCUUUUCAGCAGAUAGCAAUGGAGACCUACAUCCGUCAGAGGCAGCUCAUCAUAUCUCCCCUCAUCCCAUCUCGAGUCAUAGGAGAGAAUGAGCCACUCACUGCUGUUUUUAACAAAGUCAUUGCCACGAGGGAGGUCAACCACAAAGGCCAGGGCUUGUUUGUGACCCUCAAACUGCUCCCAGGGGAUCUUGCACAGGUCAGGAAGGACUAUCCACAUUUUUUGGACCGUAGCACAGCGAUCGUCAGAAAAAUGGGCUUCCCAGAAAUCAUCCUCCCAGGUAACGUGAGGAAUGAUAUUUAUGUAACCUUGCUGCAAGGAGAAUUUGACCGUGGUAAAAAGAAGACGCCCAAGAAUGUGGAGGUCAUACUGAGCGUGCAUGAUGAUGAAGGCAAUGCCAUGGAGAAGGCCAUAUUUCCUGGGGCUGGUUAUGAUGGUAUUACAGAGUACAAGUCUGUCAUAUACUACCAAGUGAAGCAACCCUGUUGGAAUGAAACAGUGAAGGUAACAAUUCCCAUUGAAGACGUGUGCCGCUGUCACCUGAGGGUGAUGUUUCGACAUAGAUCCUCCCAGGACUCUAGGGACAAAUCAGAAAAACCCUUUGGAAUGGCAUUUGUCCGCCUAAUGAGAGGAGAUGGAACGACACUCAGGGACGGAAAACACGAACCCAUCGUCUAUAAGGUUGAUGUGAAAAGGGCAGAUGAUGCAAAGGUUUAUCUGACCUUGCCAGGGACCUGGGCUGAAGUGAAGGAGAAGGAGAAACAAACAGGGAAGCAGUUCCACCAUUCAGGAACGAUCCCUGUCACUAAGGACAGCUUUCAGAUUUCCACACUUACUUGCUCCACGAAACUCACUCAGAACGUUGAUCUACUCGGCCUGUUGAACUGGCGGUCUAACCCAGAUGAUCUUGACCAGAUACUGCAGAGGCUAAUGGAGGUGGAAGGCGGAGAGAUUGUUAAAUUUCUCCAGGAUACUCUUGAUGCUCUGUUCAACAUCAUGAUGGAGACUUCAGAAAAGGACACCUAUGACACACUGGUGUUCAACGCCUUGGUUUUUAUUAUCACGCUGAUUGGUGACAUCAAAUUCCAGCACUUUAACCCAGUCCUUGAAACCUACAUUAACAAGCACUUCAGUGCCACUUUGGCUUAUAUGAAGCUUACCAAGGUGCUCAACCACUAUGUGGGUCAUGCGGAGGAGCCUGUCCUUACUGAGAAUCUCUAUGCGGCACUCAAGGCUCUCAAGUAUUUGUUCAGGUUUAUUGUCCAAUCUCGGAUCCUCUACCUAAGGUUCUAUGGAAACAGUGAAGACGGGGAUGCUUUCUUCAACUCAAUUCGCUCUCUGUUCCUGUCUUUUAACACUCUCAUGGACAGACCGCUUGACGAAGGAGUGAAAAUAAAGGGAGCAAUAUUGAAAUAUCUCCCCAGCAUCAUUAAUGACAUCCAGUCUGUGUUUGAUCCUGUGGAGUUAAGCAUUCUGCUCUCAAAGUUUAUUGAGAGCAUUCCCGACUCUCAGCUUGUGCGUCAAAAGCUAGGCUGUAUGUGCAAAAUGGUGGAGAGUGACCUUUUCAUGCAGCCAGAUUGUCGAGAUGUGCUUCUGCCACUUGUCAAUGACCAGCUGAGUGGACAGCUGGAUGAUCACUCCAGUAAACCCGACUAUGAGGCUUGUGUUCAACUGCUUAGCACUGUGUUGGACAUCGUGGAUCGCAAGGAUGUGGGUCCAACCAGGGGACACGUUCAGAUGAUAAUGGAGCGCCUACUUCGCAGGGUCAAUCGCACUGUCAUAGGCAUGGACAGAUCAUCCCCCCUCAUUGGCCACUAUUUAUCUUGCAUGACGGCUGUCUUGAAGCAGAUGGAUGACGUGCAUUAUGCCCACUAUAUUGGCACCUUUAAGACAAGACAGGAUAUCAUUGACUUCCUCAUGGAGACAUUCAUCAUGUUCAAGGACCUCAUGGGAAAGGUAUUCCCUGCUGACUGGAUGAUUAUGAACCUGGUGCAGAUGCAAGUUUUCCUAAGGGCCAUAAACCAGUAUUCCGACGUCCUCAACACAUAUUUCUUAGACCAAGCACAUUUUGAACUACAGCUGUGGAAUAGCUACUUUCAUUUGACCGUAGCAUUCCUCACCCAUAAGACACUGCAACUUGAGUCCUUCUCUCAAGAGAAGCGCAACAAGAUAUUAAACAAAUAUGGUGACAUGAGGAAGACAGUUGGCUUUAAGAUCAGAGAUAUGUGGUACAAUCUUGGUCCCCAUAAAAUGAAGUUCAUCCCAUCCAUGGUCGGACCUAUUUUGGAGGUCACUCUGGUGCCUGAGCCAGAGCUGAGGAAGGCUACAAUUCCCAUCUUUUUCGAUAUGAUGCAGUGUGAGCACAAUUUCAGCCCCGGGCGCACAUUUGAAAUGUUCGAAAAUGAGCUGAUAACAAGACUGGAUCAAGAAGUUGAAGGAGGUCGAGGGGAUGAGCAGUACAAAGUCCUGCUGGAGAAAACGUUACUGGAGCACUGCAGACGCCAUAGAUAUCUGGCACAGUCAGGUGAGGAGCUGGCGCUUCUGCUGAGCAGCCUGCUAGAGAAUCUCCUGGCAUACCGCACCAUCACACACGAUGAAAGUCCCGAGCAUCGCAUGAGCUGCACUGUCAAUGUGCUGAAUUUCUACAAGGAAAAAAAGAGGGAAGACAUUUAUAUUCGGUACUUGUACAAGCUACGGGAUUUACAUCUGGACUGUGAAAAUUACACAGAGGCCUCCUACACUCUGCUGCUACAUGCUGAAUUACUUGAGUGGUCUGACAAAACCUGUGCACCUCAUCUGAUUCCUCGAGAUGGGAAGCAUGUGUGGACGCAACAGGAGUUGAAAGAAAGACUUUUCCAGGAGAUCAUAUGUUAUUUGGACAAAGGCAAGAUGUGGGAGAAGGCUAUUGAACUUGGCAAGGAGCUGGCAAAGAUGCACGAGAGCCACAUGUUUGACUUCAUGGAGCUCAGCCAGCUGCUGAAAAAACAAGCAGAAUUCUAUGAAAAGAUCAUGCAUGCUAUGCGACCACAGCCAGAAUACUUUGCUGUUGGAUAUUACGGCCUUGGAUUUCCUUCUUUCCUCAGGAACAAAAUGUUCAUCUACAGAGGCAAAGAGUAUGAGUGGCUGGAAGACUUCAGUUUGAAAUUGCUUUCUCAGUUCCCAAACGCCGUUCGCAUGACCAGCACAGCGCCUCCCGGAGACAACAUCAGCACCUCUCCUGGACAGUACAUCCAGUGUUUUACUGUCAAGCCUGUGCUCAUUGUACCACAGCAGUUCAAAGACAAAGGUGUUCCAGAGCAGAUACUCAAUUACUACCGAACAAAUGAAGUGGAAAAAUUCCAGUACUCUAGGCCCUUUAGAAAAGGUGAAAAGGAUCCAGACAACGAGUUUGCAACUAUGUGGAUUGAGAGAACCACUUAUAUUACUGCCUAUCUCUUCCCUGGGAUUCUGAAAUGGUUUGAAGUCAAAUCUGUCUCUGCGGAGGAGAUCAGUCCUUUGGAGAAUGCCAUAGAGACCAUGGAGAUGGCCAACGAAAAGCUGAGUAACUUGGUGCAGCAGCAAGCCUGUGAUCGCUCACUGUCCAUCAACCCACUGUCCAUGAUGCUCAGCGGCAUCGUUGAUCCUGCCGUCAUGGGUGGCUUCUCCAACUAUGAGAAGGCCUUUUUUAAUGACACCUACAUACACGAACACCCAGAGGACCAUGAGCGUAUUGAGGUCCUUAAACACCUCAUUGCCCUGCAGAUCCCCGUCUUGGCAGAUGGCAUUCGCAUCCAUGGGGAGAAGAUGACAGAGCAGUUGAAACCCUUACACAAUCGCCUGGUUACUUGCUUCCAAGACCUUCGGGAGAAAGUGGAGAAGCAUUAUGGCGUCAUAACCUUGCCCUGCUCUCUCGCAGAGAGAAAGAAGAGUCGCGUGGGCUCAGUGGUGAUGCCCUACAUCCUGUCCUCCACGCUGCGUCGCAUGUCCACUGUGUCAACCCUCUCCAAUGCCUCCUCAGCCCUCUCCAGCGGCUCUGCAUCCUCCGAUGGACCCUCGGCCAUUUCCUCCCAAGAUUCGUUGUUAUCCCGCCCCAGCGAUCGCCGGACCUCAAUGUUGUCCCGCUCAGAGGAGGACAACAGGAUCGCGAGAAAGAACAGGAAAGAGUGGAGUGUGAGCAAGUCUCAGGUCCUGCUGGAGAGACAGUCGGAUGCAGAUGAGAGUCCUGCGGAGAAGCAGCAGAGGCCCAAGAGUUUACAGCUGGGCGACAAACGACUGCCGCUCUCCUUGUUCCAGGGUGUUUCGUCCCAGCUCAGCCUGUCCAACCCUCUCAGUCCUUUACCUGCCUCUCCUCACAUGCCUCACACACCACGCAGCUCAAGUUUUUCAUCGCUGCUCAGUGACAAUGAUGCCAACACCAUUGACACCCCAGGGACCCCGCCACCAAUGCCUCCAAAGAAACACCCGCAUGAGAUUGACAUCGCUGCUUUCUCUUCAGAGUUCAUUCCUCCGCUGCCAAUGAAAAUUGAUAGCAAACCUCCACCGCCGCCUCCCAAAACCCGGAAGUCCAUGUUUUCCUCAUAUGAGCACAGCCCCCAAUAGGGCCACACAAACCCUAAAGCUUCUUCUUUUAUGUCACGCUGUGAUAAAAUACAAUUUCAUUUAUGAGACGGUGGGACGCCACAGUUAACAACAGAUGCAGGAUCAUCUAAGUCAUGUAUUUACAACACAUUUGGGUGUUUGAGAUGUUGCUUAUGCAAAAUCGUUAUUCAUGCCAAGAUGCCAGUUUUUGAGGCCAUUCCCCACAACCCUCAACGAAAGAUGUGGAAGAUUCUUUUAGGUAACACUACAUUUUAUUAAAUUGUUGGAUUUUAUGUUUUUAUUUCCUCAAUCACAGAAAAACUGCUGCUUGAACUAAUUCCAUAUUUUAACAGGUAAAGUUGCAUUAAUGUUAAUCAUGAGCAGGGAAUACAAUGUAACUGUUGUAGUUAGUGCGUCCAAUCGCGGUAUGGGUGUUGGAGCUAAAGCCUUUAUAUUAGAGACACUGGAUGGCAUUAUUGAAUGUGAUGCACAUGUGUUGUUUGUUUAUGCUGUGGAUACUGUAACUGUUUGCCUUCGCAGCAGCAUCACAUUGGUGCUUUUUACUCAAAGGAAUAGUUUGAAAUUUCUGAAUAAAAAAGGGUCUUUCAGGAAAACAUCAAUACAUUGUAUGGUAUGUUUUGUGGAGCAAGAACUCAAUUUAUCUUGGUCCACUAAGCGUAGCUCAGCAUUUGACUGAAAGCAGGGACAAUUCCCGAUGCCAUGUGAAUAUUCAAUACGGUUUCUCAUUUCAUUCAACAAUGUUGAUGGUGGAAGGAUCAAACAUAUCCAGAUACCGUUGUGCCAGUCCUGCAGUUUUAGCAUAUUAUACUAAUAUGCAUGUGUUCAUCUCUUUACGCAUCAAUUUUGCAAAGCCAGCUGUCCCGACGCUGCACAUAUGCCAUACGUUAAAUAUCAAACUAUUCCUUUGAAAAAUUUUAAACACUGUAUGGUACAAUCAUGGAUGCCUUUUGAAGUUAAAAUUUGUGUUCAUGUCUCCAUGAAUUUACUGUUUAUUCCAGAAAUUAAGUUAUUGUUGUCCAUUGAAUUUCAAUAUCUCUAUUGUAUUGCACAUCCCGUGUGUACAGAAAUGCUUUUUUUUUUUUUGCAUAUUAUUCAGUAACAUUAAUUUCAACAUGCUGUACAUGUCGUUACUAAAUGUGUGCUUAUAGAUUGCCCAAAAUAAGGCAUGGAAACCACGAAGGUUGUCAGUAUUUAAAUUGAAAUGUUAGGUUUUUCAGGAGUUUCAAUUCAAAGGCAUUUACAAUUUUCUACUGCACACACAAAUGAAUAACAAUUGAACAAAUAUUUCAUGUCAUGUUUUUAUAAACGUUUGUUGAAUGCAUAAAAUUAAGAACUUUCUGCAAACCUUUCCAGAGUUUUUUUUUUUUUUUAAUUUCUGUUCAAGGUUACAGCAUUUAAAAUGCUUCUGCACUGAGGCUGAUGUCUUUCAAAUACAAUUAGCGUAGGUGAUGGAAAAUGCUGCCAGUUAAGCUAACACUAAUCUACUAGCAGCUCCUGGGGAGGAUGUCUGCAGGGGGGAGUUUAUGGGUUGUUUGUUGGGUUUGAUGAGUUUUUUUUUUUUUUUCACAAAAAUCUGGAUUGCUAAUGGCCUAUUCCUUCAUGUUAGAGUGCCACAGGAUAUCACUCUUUGCUCCAUUUCCCAUGAGAAACAGCUAUCUGGGGCGAUUUCACCCAUGCAGGGGAGAGAUGUUGCUUCGGUUUGCUGUAACCCGAUGUGCCUGAAGCGUUGCCAUGUAGUCUACCGCCUCUUUACUAUACCAUUGCCUUCGUAGUUUUAGGCUGUUCGCAAUCUUAGGAUAUCAGUCUGAGCUCAAGGGCGGAAAGGAUCAUUUGGUUGAGUGGCUGGAUUGAAGGUCACCAUUUGUGGAAAUGUGACUGUGAAAGAGGCAGUGUUUUUUCUUAGAAUGACUUGGGUGGAAAAUGUGCAACUUUUUGUAUUUUUUUACUAUUUCAAUCAUGAACAAAUCAUUACAUUACAUUUUGAAUGUAUUAAAUGUAUACACGUACAAUUGUUUUUAACGCAGCCAAACAUGGUAGUGAAAUCUAAAUAACUACAAUUGUAUGAAUCAUAAUGUUAAUAUACACCAACCAGCCAUAAUAUGACAACAAAUUUCAGAAAAAUUAUGCCUAUCACUGAAUACAAGCGCUGUAUCAAAUAGCAAGAUAUUGACAAAUUGAUUCUUCAAACAAUGUUUAUUUUGGUUGGUGAGAAACGUUUGAGUGAUGUGUGUUGUUUUGAUUUAUGUUUAAGUCACCAGUUCAUUGCACCAACAGCAAAUUUGCACUAAGACCCAGAAAAUGCCCAGAAAACGUUUUUGUUUGUUUGUUAUUCUAUUGAGCCUCAGUGAUGCUCAGCUUCACUCCAAUGGAACAAAGAGUAAAUGAUGAAGGCUGCGGCCCUGGAAUGAUAGAAUUGCUCUCAUCAAAAGAAAAUAUGGCAUUCCUUAUUUUGUCCAUUGGCUUACUGCAGACAUGUUGUGCGUGUGAGAUUGUCAUUUUUGAAGCCCACUGGCUUAUGCCACGGUGGUAGAGCAUGUGAGUAUGGCAAAUAUUUUAUUUCCUAUUGUUGAGGCUAGAUUCACUUUGCCUCAGCAUACUUUUCAACACCAACACAAACUAACCCAUAAUGGAACAUUUACAUCUGCUUUCACUUUUAACAAUAUGCACGUGUACAUAUGUUUAUGCUGAGGUUGCUUUCUGCUGACCCGAGGAAGGACUUUUGAACCUUCUUUGAUUUAAAGAACUCAAAUAAAAAACAACUAUUCAG